CACUGGUCAGGGGCAACAAGAAAGGAAUCCUCAGCUCCACUGCAUUCGUCAAUUUGCUCGCAAGCUCUCACCUUCUCCUCCAUGCUGGGCUCCAUCUCCGACAUCAAAGUGUUCGCUCUGAGCGCUUCGGUGCUUUACAUCAAGUUCCUGAUCUCGACCAUGAUCCAGGGUCGUAAAGCCUUCGCCGCCAACACGCGUAUGCCCGAGGACAAGACACUCGUGUGUAACAUGGGGAUCACUGUUGACACGGACGAGAAGACCAUCAAGGCGGCCGCAGAGGACGAAAUGCGGUGGAAGCGCAUCAUCCAGAACGACCUCGAAUCCAUGCCGCUCGCCUUCGUGGUUUUCUGGAGCGCCAUCACUGUGGGCGUCAGUCCUGCCAUCACUAAGACUCUCAUGCUCGCCUACACCGCCGCUCGCAUUAGUCAUACCGCCGUAUACUCCAUGAUCAUGCCGCGCGCACGUAUGAUCUGCUGGAUGGCCGGCAGCUUCUGCAUCGUGACUGCAGUGCUCCACACUGUGGCGGUAGCUCUCAUGUAGUAACUAAUAGACUGGCUGCUAUGAAUGAUAUGCAGUAUUCUAACAGAUUCAAUACAGCAAUGCUGGGUAUGUUCAAACGUUGCAUUGAAUAUCAAAUGAAUGCGUUGUAGCAGUUCUGACGCCUUGUUUUCUCUACUCUAACCACUCGACGUCGAGUUACUGGACGGAGCA